AUGCAGCAAUAGUAUCUGAGCCUACUCCGUGUUUUGUAGCUGAUCAUCACACUCACUUCAUUUAUUUUGGGAUCUGAGACAACCAUUGACAUAUAUAUAAGACAACGAGCACCUGCCAUAGGUUAACUUGCACGUGACGUUACGCAAUGAACGUUACAGUGACAGAGUGACUUCCUUCUCGCAGCUAAAACAAGCUAGCUUAGCUAGCUAGCUCAGUGGGCUAAGUCAAACUUCUCUGGGUUUCUCUCCGUUGAGAAGCAAAGAGCUUGACCGAAGUGGACUGUGUCUGCGUGUCCAGCAGGUCAGAUAUUUCACCAGCUCCUUAUCAACUUCGUGUAGCUACUUAAAAUGGCUUUAGUAACCGCGUUAAGAAGACUGUCUCACGUCAGGUUACGAGAAUAUUCCUGGAGGACGGCGGCAGUAACUUCGAGUGCUGGUGCCUGGCUGACUGGUCAGAGGAGUUUUACCACCGGCACACAGUCUCUGAGGUCAGACAACAAGGUGACGGUCCACUUCAUCAACCGAGACGGGGAGAAGGUCACAGCGAAGGGGUCGCCGGGAGACUCCCUGCUGGAUAUUGUCAUUAAUGAAGACCUUGACUUUGAUGGCUUUGGGGCAUGUGAGGGAACCUUGGCGUGCUCCACGUGCCAUCUGAUCUUUGACGAGGACGUCUACAAGACUCUGGGGCCAGUCACAGACGAGGAGAUGGACAUGCUAGAUUUAGCCUACGGCUUGACUGACACAUCUCGCCUGGGUUGCCAGAUCUGUCUGACGAGGUCUCUGGAGGGCUUGGUGGCCAGGGUUCCGGAGAGUGUAGCGGACAUCCGACAGAGCAAAGACGGAUCCUCUUAACCCGCGGCGGGGCGACGUGGCUGUAGACAUUGUGCCCGGUCAGGACUGAGGGAAUGUGCACAGGGACGAUGGUGGGUGUUAAUCUGUCAGCACUGCUGGACUGCCACAACAUUAUUAUUAUUUUUUUUUUUAUGAAAAUACUUCCAAGUCACCGACAACAAGAGCCAGCUUUUAAUAACCAGAAUGUAACAAUACAGGAUUUGGACUCGCAAAUCCAUUUUUAUUUUUUAUUUUAUAGAAAGUAAAACUACAUAGGCAAGAGUUUUAGAGUAAACUCUGUAACCAUUAGAGAACCUUGCCAUCCUAGUGUGAGGAAGUAUGGCAAAAUAUUACGACAUAAACUCUAAGCUAAGACAAACCUAUGAUAUCAUAUCCUUAUAAACUCUUCAUGUUAAUCCUAAUCACUUAAAAAACUUGUAUUAGUUACUAUGACUGAUACAUGAACAUCACUUUGCAGACUGCAACAUGUGCUAGUUUGUGGCUGUGCCUUCGAUUAUCUAAGAAAGUAUCUUUUGAUUUUCUUGUUACUAUGACUGAAUUUACAAGAUUCUCUCUUUGUGUGUAAAUGCAGUCAUUAUCACUGAACAAGGAAAAGGUCCACCGCUAAAAGACUACACAGCUGACUGCAGCCUGUGAAGGAAAUGUUUGUGAACCAAUGCAACUAACAGUUCUUGACGCCUCAGAGAUUGUGCUGAUGUCCCCCAAUAUUUUAUUCUACAUAUGUAUACCCCUACUAUUGUUGGUUUGAUCAGAUCCUUUAUGUAACCGUAUAAUUCAGUCAUGUGAUUGUACAUAGCUAGAACACACACAUAUAUAUCUAUGUAUAGAAUGAAAAAUAAUGUAAUAAAAAAAUCACCUUUCUAAUGGCGUGUUGAACUGUCAGUUUUUUCAUGUUUUUAUAUAUUCAGUUUGAAAAUAUCUUGUUUCUAGCAUGUCCUUAUUUCCCCCUACCGAUAACCACAACCGUAAACCAAUAAUUACAUCAAACGUUAAUCAGGUCAUUUUAUUUGCAAAUGCAGGUUCUUUUAGGCUUGUUAACACAGCGUAUGAAUACAUGUAUAUAGAAAGGAGGCAUAGACAAUAUAAUAAAGCAACAGUCUUAUGGCCUAUUUAAACAACAUUUUGAGCUGCAUAAAAUAUAAAGCUUGAAAAACAUCCUUGGGGGGUCAUAUUUACAUAAUAGAAACAUUGCGACAGGACACAUUUGAUUAAUUCAAAUCAAUACAGGCAUGUGUGAAAACCACAUUGUUGGCAACAAAUAGAAAAUCAAGGAUCAUACCUACAAAUUGUUCUACUGCGUGUAUGUACUGCUGUAUGUGCUGGAACACGACCUUUCAUAUGUCACGUGUGCUAAUGCUGAGAAGCGUUUGAAAUGUGUAUAGUGUUAAAAAAAAAAAAAAAAAAA